CACGGCACCCACACACCGGGAGACACUUAGGAAUGAUGCCACUCUCUGACCGAUGCAACUAAUUGUUGCUUUUGAUACGAAACCCCCCCUCCCCACCCCACCCCACUCCUGCGGGCUUCCAAUACAUCUCUGCAGCACCCUUUACUGCCGAUCCCCCUCUCCUUCCCCCCCACUGAGAGGUGCCAUCGCCGGAACCGAAGCGUGCAUGCAUGGGCUCAUCUGAGCUCCUUGCGCAGCACCUUGGAGCCACUGCGUCUGUCUUUCAUGCGCAUGGAUUAAAAGGGACAUUUUUUGGCACUACAGAUGAUAAUUUCUUUAAAAAAAAGAAAGAAGCAGCAGCAGCCCACAAGGAAAAGCUGAUGUGCAACCGAAGGAUUCGGAACCGAGCUGGUCAGACGCUGAGCUGUUCACCUGGAAUAUCAGAACCCCCCCAAUGACACACAGCUGCACCAACUUAUCAACACUGUUGCAUGUCGCUUGCAAGCUCCGUCGUGUAGAUUUAUAACAAGUCCUGCCAGUGCAACAAAGUUCUCACCACACGAAGAUGCAACCCGAGUCUCAAUGAUGUUCCGGAAUCAGAGUUCCGUAUCAGAAUGACAUUUGGUUGAAACGUUUCUGGACCGACACUCAGAAUCUACCGUGCCUUUUUUUUUUGCAUCAGGAUUCUGCACCGGUUCCAACCUCAGCCGAACUAGAUUCUUGGUGUUUUUUUUUUUUUUUUUAAAAAGACUCGGUUCUGGGAGAUGGCUGCGAUCGCCAGCUCUCUGAUCCGCCAGAAGCGUCAGGCGAGGGAAUCGAACAGCGACCGGGUAUCCACGUCCAAGCGUCGACCCAGCCCCAGCAAGGACCCCCGCUCUCUAUGUGAGAGGCAUUUUUUGGGGGUCUUCAGCAAAGUGCGUUUCUGCAGCGGCAAGAAAAGACCCGUGCGUCGGCGACCAGAUGCACCUUCGAAACCUCCACAGGUGUCCCAUAAGGGCUGCAGGCUAGAGCCACAGCUGAAAGGCAUCGUGACACGACUGUUCAGCCAGCAGGGCUUCUACCUGCAGAUGCAGCCGGAUGGAACCAUCGAUGGCAGCAAGGACGAGAACAGCGACAACACCCUGUUUAAUCUUAUUCCUGUGGGUUUGAGAGUGGUGGCCAUCCAGGGAGUGAAGAGUGGCUUCUACAUUGGCAUGAACGGCGAGGGCAUGCUCUAUAGCUCGGAAAUGUUCACACCCGAGUGCAAGUUCAAGGAGUCGGUUUUCGAGAACUACUACGUGAUCUACUCAUCCACUGUGUACCGACAGCAGGAGUCGGGCCGGGCCUGGUUCCUCGGCCUCACCAAGGAGGGACAAGUCAUGAAAGGCAACCGGGUCAAAAAGACCAAGCCCUCGUCACACUUUGUACCAAGACCCAUUGAAGUUUGUAUGUACCGUGAGCCGUCGCUGCAUGAGAUCGAGGACAAGCACCGCUCCAGGAAGAGCUCAGGGACGCCCACCAUGAACGGAGGUAAAGCAGUCAACCAGGACUCUACAUAGCAGCGGAAGGGAGGGGCUUCCACAGAGGGGCGUGGCCUGAACAGCACCUCAAAGAGACCGGCCUUAGGCAAAACUUCCUGCCCCCUCAAAAGUGUGCACCAUCGCUUCCGCUCAGAAAUAGAGGAGGCACGUGACGACCAAGGAGCUACUACCGUACACUCGAGACAAAACAAACACUGAACUCUUGCCUGUGAAAACUUUUAGAGGAAAUUAAUAUGAAACCAGAGGAAAAAAAAUAUAUCGAUAUAAACAUUUUCAAUCAGGACUUGACCAGUAUUUUAUGCAAAAAAGAGAAAAAGCUGUGACACAAGGAAACAGAGGUCUCUCUUCACACAAAUACCCGUCAUUUACAUUCGAUGCUGUGAAAACGAAGCUUUAAUACGUGUUCAUGUUUCACAUGUGCAUUACUUUUCAAAUGCUCUCUGUUGUUAUGUUUGCAGGUAAUAACGAUUCCAUCAACAUACCGAUGUGCUGUUAAGCUAACCGUGAGCAUCAUGACUUUUUCAUUCUUAAGUUUCCUCAUCAUUGAAUUUUAAAUCACACUACCAGCUCCGGUGUGAGGGGAAUGUAGUUGGCGGUGAUCGACGCUCGAGUGCUUAAGGUGGGAUGUCAUUUACUCAGGUGUGUACUGUAUGAGGCCGGCAUCAGAAGCAAUAUAAUAGAACCCAGUGUAGUCUUUAGGUUCGAUGGUUAGCAAGUUUAAAAGCAAGUUUAAAAGCUGUCUGUGGGUGUCUGUACUGUAGAGAAGACUGGAUGAAAUAUUCAAUGGUGUGUUGAAUGUCCAGGAAAGUGUAUUCUCCUUCCAAAAGGGAAUGACCAGCAUCAGCGCUAUGAGCCAUUUGCAAGGAACUCCACAUGCUGAAUCACAGAAACCAUCUUGAUUUCAUAAGAAAACUGUGAUUUUAUUGUGAAAACACUGGUGGUGCCUGAGAGCCUUUCCCGUCCCAAUGGAGGCAGAUGCUUUUGUGGCUGGGGGGUGAACGUGUCUUUGCAGAGAGUGAACUGGCUGCUUUGUGCUAUAAUGCGAUGUCCGCUACAUUGCCGAUUCCCAAUCCUCCAAUUAGGUCGUCUAACUCAGGAAGUGUAUUCCAUCCAUUAAAGCGCCAGAUGUAAAGACUGGCUGUCUGCGUGUCCGGUAGCCAUUGCACAACGAUGUCCUUACAGACUCAAUGGCUUUAUUAGGUGGUGUACAGCUCCAGUACGACUAGUCACACUAGUCAGUAGUCAAGCAUGAACACUGCAUGAUUGUGACAGAAGAGGAGGUUGAUGUUGUUGUGCAGUCAGAGCCUCUCUCUCAAGAAUUUAGUAGGCUUUUUAUACGCAAAUAUACAAGUCAUUAUGUUAGGGACACACUGAUAUGGAAAAAAUACGACAUUUGAAAUAACUUUGUUAGAAGGAUAAUUACAAAUUCGGACUUUGAUUUGGUAAAAUUGUUAAAACGUUUUUUAAACGUAAAAUUAUGACUUAAUCUUAUGAUAUCACAAUAUAAAUUUGGUGUUAUGACGAUCUUUUUGUAACUUAUGACAUAAUUCUCAUAGUGGUAUGACAUAACGGUAACUUUUUCUUGUGGCUGUUCUCAUAACUGAUUGAUUGUAUGUUCUAUUCCCAUUAUGUAUUUAUGGAGGCUGCAGAUGAGAGGUUAGGACUCACAGCUAGGACACCCGAGUUCGAUUCCGGUAGAUAAGCGGUAGAGAAUGAAUGAAUGUUGUCAUAACUCUGAUUGUGUGUUCUAUUCCCAUUAUGUAUUCAUGGAGACUGCACGGUGGAGGAGUGGUUAGGCCACACAGAUAUGAGAUCCGAGUUUCACUCCCCCCUCUGGCAUCUCUGUGUGGAGUUUGCAUGUUCUUCCUGUGCGUGUGUGGGUUUUUUGCCGGGUACUCCGGUUUCCUCCCACAUUCCAAAAACAUGCUAGGUUAAUUGGCCACUCCAAAUUGUCCAUAGGUAUGAAUGUGAGUGUGAAUGGUUGUUUGUCUAUAUGUGUCCUGUGAUUGGCUGGCGACCAGUCCAGGGUGUAGCCUGCCUCUCACCUGAAGACAGCUGGGAUAGACUCCAGCAUGUCCUCCUAAGGGUGAAUGAAUGAACCUUUUUUCUCUCAUGAGUUUUCUUUAAGUAUCCUGACUUAUUUCUUGAGCUAAUGGGACAGUAUUUGUGUAACAUUCCGACUGUAAUCCUUAUUGUUAUAACAUCGUGAGUUUAUUCUGAUAACGAUAUGACUAUUUUUUCUAUUUUUUUGUCAUUAUUCAUGCCCUUUUUCUUUAAGACUCAGGUUUCGUAACACGACUUUAUUCUGAUAACAUUAAGGGUUAACAUUAAGGGAAACUUUUGUUUCUGGACCUCAUUUGUGUAACAUUUCAAUUGUAAUCUUGUAAUAUCACAGUUUUAUUUGUGUCACAUUAUGACUUAUGAUCAUAUUCUCAUAAUUUAUUUUGCCAAUAUUUCCUUGGGAUUAUUGUUAAAAUCUUGUUGUAAUGUAUCACAUCACAGUGAAACGUUGUUCUUGGAAUAACCUGAUUUUCAUAUUUGAACAUUCCAUUAAUUUUUGACUUUUUUUUGUUACAUUACGACUUUAAACCCAUCAUUUUCUUUGAUUUGAUGUAUUCUGGUACCGUUACAAUUUGACUCACGCAACAAAUACCAUUACGAAACUUCGUUGUUGUGACUAUUCUUUAAACAUCACAACUUUUUUUCCUGUGAUGUGAUGAUAAUAAAGUCAUAUUUUUACAACAUUAAUCUUGUAAUAGCACCACUCCUGUAACAUGAUGACUUUUUUCCUGUUUUUUUUUUCCUUUCAAAGUACAACUUUAUUCCUUUUAUGACUAUUCUCAACAGUCUGCCUUUCUCAUAUGAACAUUGGUCUGCACUUUUCCGUACAGUUCCCUACUAAAUUCUUGUCAGAAAACCAAUAGCACAUUUGCAGAGAUGUAAGCCGAAGAAGGUUCAUGUUGGUACUUGGUAAGUUAAUUCCAACAAACAGUAAACUGUAUAUAUAAAUAUACAUAUACAGUAAAUAUAUAUAUAUAUAUAUAUAUAUAUAUAUAUAUAUACAUAUAUAUACAUAAAUAUCUUUUAUACAGAGGUUUAUAUUGGUGCAAAGUUAAAGUGAUGCAUGUAAUUGGAUGUACUCUUUGUCAACAGUUGACAGCAGAAUGAGGAUUUAUGAGGUGAAAAAAAAAAGAAUUUUGUUGAAAGAUCAACGGGUGAAGAGAGGCUUUUAUUGUACGUGAUAUUUCAUUUGUUAUUUUUUAUGUUUGCAGAUUUCGCUGCAUCGGAACACGCCCAUAUAUGCACUAUGAAUUGUGAGAUGACAAAAAAAUAUGCAUUGGUUAAAAACAAAUAAACAAACACAAAAAAUCCUGAAUGAAGUUAGUGAUUGUUUAAGAAUAAAA